GCGGGCGGGCGGAGGGGUCGGAAGGCCGAGCCGGCCGGGCCAGGGAGGACGCGUGAUGGGCCGGAGAGCCGAGGGCGACGGCGAAGCGCCCGGCCGCAGCCAUGCCCCGGGCCGCCGGGCCGCAGGAGCUGGUGACCUUUGAGGAUGUGGCCUUAUACUUCACCCAGAGUCAGUGGGACAGCCUGCAGCCUGAGCAGAGGGCUCUGUACAAGGACGUGAUGCUGGAGAACUAUGCACAUGUGGCUUCCCUGGUUACAUGUCCGUCCCACAAACCUGUUCUCGUCUCCCGGCUGGAGAGAGGUGAAGUGCCGUGGGCCGCAGAGUGCGUGAGCAGCGGCAGUCCUGGUGGUGAGUCCCAGGUGAAGGAUGAAGGGCCCGUCAUAAAGCAGGAAAUCUCCGCCGAGCCGGAGCCGUGCAGAAUUCCAGGUGGGACGGUCCUCGGAGAUGCUCCUCCGCACUUUGCAUCCGAAAGCCAGGCCGCGCAGCAAGCUGUCGGUGUGAACCCGAACCUGAUCCUCCGAGGAGGGAUGAAGUUCUACGAGUGCAAAGAAUGCGGGAAAAUCUUCCGGCACAACUCCAAGCUGAUCCGGCACCAGGUGAGCCACAGCCGGGAGAAGCCCUUCAAGUGCAAGGCGUGCGGCAAGGCCUUCAAGUCCAGCUACGACUGCGCCGUGCACGAGAAGAACCACACCGGAGAGGGCCCGUACGAGUGCCGGGAGUGCGGCAAGGCCCUGAGCUCCAGCACGGCCCUGGCGCAGCACCGCAUGAUCCACACCGGGGAGAAGCCGUACGCGUGCCGGGAGUGCGGCAAGGCCUUCCGGUGGAGUGCGGCUUUCCUGCAGCACCGCCGCCUGCACACCGGGGAGAAGGUCUUCCGGUGCCCGCAGUGCCGCAAAGCGUUCGGCUGCAGGUCGCUGCUCGAGGUGCAUCAGCGGGUGCACACCGGGGAGAAGCCGUUCCGGUGCGCCGAGUGUGGCAAAGCCUUCGCCCAGAAGGUCGCGUCCGUGCAGCACCAGAGGGUGCACACCGGCGAGAAGCCGUACCACUGCCGCGUGUGCGGGAAGGCCUUCCGCUGGUACGGGAGUUUUGUGCAGCACCGGAAGCUGCACCCGGGGGAGAAGCCGCUCCGCGCCCGCGCCCCGGGCCCCGCCCCCGCCGCGGCCGUGCUCGUCCCCGCCCCCUGGCCCCUGCUCGUGCUGCUGUCCCCGCCGGGGCUCCCUCCGCCCGCCCACGGCCUCGGUGUCCCGGUGAGCGCCCCCCCGGUCCUCUUAGUCCCCGCGCCGCCGCCCUGA